CAACACACACUCACACGUAUCCUGAAAGUUAUUCCGCGGACGGUUCCUGGUUCCUAUGUUGUGCGUUAGGCGCUUAUCGGACUACAGAGCGCUGCGCGUACCUGUGCCAUAACCCAAUUUGGAAUACGGAAAUCAGCAUGAUCGACAACAAUACAUGCUUCUUUUCAACAUUGGAUUUAGGAAAUUGGAUUUAAAAUGUUGUGACCACACUUUCUGGUCCGUGGAUCGAGCCGCCGUGUGGGACAUCGACGAUCUCAGGGGCUAAAAAUAAAUCUCUUUAAAGUCCUCGAGCGGAACGCUGUGAUGGUGAGCGUUUACGCUGUGACACAGACCAUCAAUGCAAAGGAAAAGCCAGCCAGGAACAGGACCAACACAACGGACCCCAAAUCCGACCCUCGGUGAUCAAACGAUGCGCGUAAAGGGAAUGAACCGGCGAGGAGCACUGCGCAUCACCAUCAGGAUACUAUCGGCGUGAUGUUCAAUACGUCGGGCAUCGAACUCACUUUUCACAAUAAAGAGGAUAUCUCCGAAGUUAUCAAUGGCACCGUGCAGCGUUGGUACAACGUCCCUGGUACUAUUAGUCCCACGGCCAUGUGGAACGAGUCUUGCGGCGAGCAGUUGCUGGAUUUCGGCCGGCCGGAGAAGAUGGUUAUCGGUGUGAUGUUGGCGAUCAUCACGGCGAUCACAGUGAUGGGAAACACGUUGGUGGUAAUAGCAGUGUGCGUUGUAAAGAAACUAAGACAACCUUCAAACUACCUUCUAGUGUCCUUAGCAGUCGCGGACCUAUCCGUGGCCAUAGUUGUAAUGCCGUUCGUAAUAGUGACAGACCUAACAGGAGGCAAAUGGCUUUUUGGAGAAGUGUUCUGCAAUAUAUUUAUUGGGAUGGAUGUAAUGUGCUGCACUGCCUCCAUCAUGACCCUCUGUGUCAUCAGUGUCGAUAGGUACCUGGGCAUCACCCGGCCGCUCACCUACCCUGCGCGGCAGAACGGCCAGCUCACGGCCAAGAUGAUCGCGGGCGUGUGGCUGGUGUCCGCCUCCAUCACCCUCCCGCCUUUCUGCGGCUGGGCCAAGAACGUGCACACGGCGGGCGUGUGCCUCAUCAGCCAGGACUUUGGCUACACCAUCUACUCCACGGCCGUGGCCUUCUACAUCCCCAUGCUAGUCAUGCUGGUCAUGUACUACAAGAUCUUCAAGGCGGCCCGCAAGAGCGGCGCCAAGCACCGCUUCACAGACUUUGCGCGGCGCGAGUGCCUGGAGACGGUGGCCAGCGAGGCGCUGCGCAUGCACGGCCUGAAGCCACAGGGGGGCGUGGCCGAGGAGUGCGUCACCCUGUCCCGCCUGCUGAGCCGCGAGCGCCGCAACAUCUCCAUCUUCAAGCGGGAGCAGAAGGCGGCGACCACGCUGGGGGUGAUCGUGGGGGUGUUCGCCGUGUGCUGGCUGCCCUUCUUCAUCCUGUCCACGGCCCGGCCCUUCAUCUGCGGCGUUGAGUGCAGCUGCGUGCCCAUUUGGCUGGAGCGCACGCUGCUGUGGCUGGGCUACGCCAACUCCCUGAUGAACCCCUUCAUCUACGCCUUCUUCAACCGCGACCUGCGCUCCACCUACCGCGACCUGCUGCGCUGUCGCUACCGCAACAUCAACCGCCGGCUGUCCGCCGUGGGGGUGCACGAGGCGCUCAGGGCCUGAGGAACGCUCUGUACGCGAGUGCGUACGCCGCCUAUGGAUGCUAUCUUCCUAGCCGCCGAAGCUGUCGUUUUUUAGCCCCGGAUGCUAACGUUUCAGGUCAAUGCUAGGGGGGAGAGGACUGGUUAUGGCGACUUUGUGCUUUCUUAUAAUUGGACCUUUAAGGAUGACCUGUUCACCGGUUGUAGAUGAGACAGAGAGUGACAGAAUGUGAGUUGCUGUCAGUGGAGCUCCGGCCACUCCGAGUAGGAAGGGAGGUGGGUGAGAUCAUUGCAGUCUGUAUGACUCAGUCGACUUCGGAGGAGACCCACUGAGCGUAUUUGAUGGGCUAUUCAAGGUGACACUGGUUUUCUGCAUAUGCCACAGUUCUGUUCAUGGCCUUAACAAAAAGAAGAGACGAACAGUUCAUCUUUGCAGAGAUGAGAGCAUCCUCUGUGGGAUUGAUCGUCAAAGAUACUAUGCCUCCCAAAACAGGGAGAGGUUGUAAAUUGUCAAUUAAGCUAAAUCAUGUCCAACUAAACGUAACUAGUUCCACUGGAGACAACAAAAAAAACGGAAGCGGGAGACCCCGGGAUUGAGAUUUUUGAUCAACAAAUUCUAAUAAUUAUAUCCAUUUAAUCUUCUCACUGAACACAAGCCUUAUGAAACAUGACUCAAAUCAGUUGAUAAUUAGAUCAUAGGCCAUAGGACAAUCAGGAGCAACAACAAUGUAGUCCAAGUCAUGCAUAGUCCUUGUAGUACAUUUGGAGAAUGUUAACGCUGGUCAUGUUCAGAAGGGCCUUUUGGUGAUGUCUGCAUGAGAAACAUUUCUCUAACAUGCUGUUGUAUGCAUUAAUCAUGAGAUAUGAAAUAUGGAAAAUAAGUUUGACAUAGUUUUGCACCGUCGGGACUCGGCUGCGUCUCUCAGCCCAUCAAUCAUUCACAACUGUAAGAAUCAGAUGAGGAGGAAUAUUAGAUACAUUGUACCCAGAACCUUGUUUUUUUAUUUGUUUCUGUGCUAUCGUGUGAUUUAUCUAGCGUCAGUGUGAGCUGGAGUGGUCACUGACCGUUCUGCUCAAGAUGGCAAAAGAAAGUUGAAACCACUCAAACACGUACA